CGUUUUGUCUUGAGCAAUAUGCCUUUUAUCCUUUACAUCUCAUGGCAUGUUCUUAGCCACAAUUAGACUAGAGUGUAAAUCCACCCAUCGUUAUUGAACUUGAAAAAGCUGAAUUUGAAACUGAAAGGAUCCCUAUAUAUCUGAAAAGAAGGGGUAAAUCGGGAACUUUUAUUUUUGACUUGGCGCGUGUUGCUCUCAGUCGAUAUCUGAUCUAUUUGUUCAACAUUCGGUGCAAGUGUGUUGUGUGAAAAAAAUGAGUGUCAUAUCAAGAUUCUUCUUGUGGCUUUGCCUGACUUUCAUAGUAACAAAUUGCACUUGCCAGCAAUUGUUGCCUUCUGGAAGCUAUCAGCAGGAUGUUUCAUUUCCUGGGAUUUCUGGCCAGUUUCAGGUCACCACUGCCAAUGAUCGACAGCCAUUUCGUCAAGUUGCUGCAGGAUUUCACUUAAAUCGCCCGCCGUUGUUGCCUUUCCAGCAGCUAUUUCCAUUUAAUAAGCUUUUAUCCGUUGGGCAAAAUGUUUUGAAAAGUGGGCACUUCGUGCCUAAUGGCUUCUACAACUUUCCUCGGAGUCCUCUCUUUAUCCCCAACACAUUAAAGCAGAGACCAGAAAGCAACGGGCAAGAGGCAGAAUAUAGAAAAUACCUGGAAGAAGCGGAAAAUUUAGAAAAAGAAAAACAAGGCAACAAUAUAACAACAGAUUUUGGGGACUUAGAAGUAGAUCCGAUAGAAACAACAUCGUUGAGUCCCAACCAAAGAACGUUUGUCAGAGUAAAUGUACAAGGAAACGACUACAGUUAUUCCACCUAAACUAGACAAGAUAAAUAAUCUGUAAAUCAUGUAUAAAAACAAACCAAAAAAUAAAUUAAGGGCAUUGGUAUUAUAGAAACAUCAGGGAUAUGUGGAACCAAAUUUGUACAUGCUUUAAGUGGUUUGGUAUGGAUAUUAUAUGCUGAGGAAAAUAUUUGCCAUAGAAACAUAGAAAAUAAACGAUAUUUAUAUGAAA